GGCAACAUAUCUACGAGUUGAUUUCCAUUUUAGGCGACAUCUCAACGAGUCGAUUUCGAUUUCCCUAAUCGACGAAACGCUUCGCGUUCAUCAUACGCAUACCUAGGCGUCAGCCUUACCUGACGCAGAACAUCUUAAGCUCUGCUACGCUUAGAAGAGCCAGAUGAAAGAAUGAAGAAAGGAAUGGCGUAACGUAUAAGAACUCGACUUGUGCGCCCCGCUGUAUACGACAACUGCACCUCGGAGCGACAACAGCGCUGCGCUCCUCUUUUGAGACUGGGAACAUCGGGUGGCUUGAGCGGAAAUUGAACUGUCCAAAAUACAUCGAACAUCAAAAUAAAAUGCAUUCCCGCCUGCUACUCUUCACCCUGCUGGCCUGCGCUGCUGCCAGCGUGUGGGGUCAUCCCAUCUCACGAUUGUUCAACGAAGAAGAUGGCGCAGUUGAGGAGCAACCGAAUUACGCGUCAUCUCCCCAGGUCUCCUUGAUACGGGUUCGUCGCGGAGGCCUCAUCGGGAGUUACGGUGGCGGCCUAGGCGGCUACUCAGGACUGGGAGGCGGCCACGCCACUGCGAUCGUGGGCGGCGGGUCCCAUGGCGGCACGGCUGCGGGGGCCGCUAAUCAGGCAGCGGGCGCCGCUGUCGGCAGCCUGGGCUACCAGCAGCAGGCUGCGUGGAACGCAGCGCAGGCAGCGUCGCAGCACGUGGCCGCGCAGGCCGCCGGCGCCGCGCACGUCGCCCAGAGCGCCGCCGCCGCCAAGUUCUCGCAGGCGGCGGGCCUCACGCACGCCGCACAGGCCGCCACCGGCGCCGCUUUUGCCGAGGCCGCCAACGCCGCUAAAGUCGCCAAGACCGUCCAGGCUGCACAGUCCUUCAAACAAUGGGCUCUUGAUCAGGCUGCCGCCCUCACACAAGCCCGCCUGUAUGCCGAGGGCAACGUAGGGCUCAGCAACAACGCUUAUGCCUCGGCGCUGAACGCCGUGGACACGCAGGCCGCGCAGGAGUGGAACGCGCAGCAGGCAGCGAGCCUCCUGCAGGGCCAGGAGAAGUUGGCUUUCAAAAGCCUCGCAUCGUCGCAAGCAGCAGCCAGUCUAGCGUCCUCUGCCGCCAAGACUGCCUACCUCAGAGCCAAAGGCACUGGCCACAACGGACUUGGCUACGGCACUGGCGCUGGUUUCGGGAGCGGCUUUGGCUACAGUGGAUUUGGAGGAGGGGUCAGCGGAGGAGAUUAUGGACAUGGGAAAUAAAUUUUUAAUUAUUCAAAUAACUUUCUACAAUAAGAAGAAAGAACAUUCCAGGAGACACUUUGCUAGACUUGUUGUCUUUCUGCAAUGAAAAAUUAAACCGAUAUUGAAUGUCAGCAAACGAUUAAAAUUUAAUGGAAGAUUUUUUAAAAGUUUAAUCAGCUGACCGUAAUUAAAACAAAUUGUAAUGCUUCAGAAUGCUAUGUCAGCAAUUAGUAGCGUUUAAGCUGGGCUUCUAAAAUUAUUUGGCAGGUGAGUUCUGCCUGUAUAAAUUACAUAGAACUAUGCUUGAUCAAGUGAAUGAGAAUCCGUCAAUAAAAUUCUGCGUUUAGAUCAUUUUAUUUGGGAAAUCCUAUUUGAUGAAUCCCUUCUUCCAUUUACUUGUUAUUUUACAAUUUUUCAAAGAAAAAUUCUGUAAUAUGGCGAAAGAGACUGGAUCAUGUAUGGCGCCGUGUCUGUCUGCAAUAAAUCUUGAACCCAUAAAUGCCUUAAACGAGAAUUUUGUUUGCAAAUAACCUGCCUUUGUAACCCAAAACAACAAAUUGCUUACAUGAUGAACUCGAAGGUUAUGGAAAAUAAAUAUUGAUUAAAUAUUUAGUAGAGCGACAUAUAUAUACUCAAUUCAUCAAUAUAAGAUUCAACAGUUGAGACGCUAUUGAUUAUUCACUCAAUUGCUGGGAUACGCAACUAUUCUGGAUCAAGCAUAAUAACUUGGCGCUAAAAUAAUCUUUGGUGUGCGGAUGCUCA